UCAUACACUCGCCACGAUGGCAGCCGCUGCGGAAAUUAAGAAAGCAUUUCUGUCCGCUCCUAAGUACGCCGUUGUCGGUGCGUCCAAGGACCAGUCCAAGUUCGGCACCAAGGUGCUCAAGUGGUAUUUGGCGCGCGACAAGGAUGCGACCCCUAUACAUCCGAAAGAGGACGAGCUCGAAGGGAUCACCGCUCUGCGCGCGCUGACGGAUCUUCCGGAUCCCACGAAGACGUCCGUGAGCAUCAUCACCCCUGCCAAGGUCACCCUCGGAGUUCUCGAGCAGGCGAAGGCUCUUUCGAUCCCUGCCCUCUGGCUGCAACCUGGUGCUGAGGAUGAGGCCGUGGUGAAAUACAUCAAAGAAAAUUUGGCGGACAGAGUCAUCUAUGGAGGACCUUGCAUCCUCGUCGAGGGUGAUUCUAUAAUCCGCAGCCUCUCCUAACUCCGACGUACAAAUGAUUGAUACAUCGAUGAAAUCUUGAAUAAUUGGACGGAAAGUUGGAUGCGAGAUGUUCGCUGGUAAUCAACUCUCCCUUCCUUCUCCAUU